GAACUUAUGAAAAGGCUUCAAAAGAAGUCGCGCUCUCACUGUGAGCAACAGUAAGAUCGAAUAGAUCGGUGGUAGACUUUUUGGGUGAUCUUUACCGUCUUGUCCUUUGAGAGAUUGCUAUCGACCACGGACUUUGUUUGUUUUCCUUCAAAACUCAUUCGUUAAAAAGAUGAGUAUCAGCGGCGAGAGUGAAAUAACAACGCCAUCCAUUUCUUUAACAUCGCCGCUGGAAACCAACGUAAGGAUGAUAUUUUUUCCGAUGGUAGAAAAGGCAGGCUUCCUGAGAUCCGCAAACUUCGCCAAAACAGCAGAUGCGACUCGCGUGAAAUCAAAAACCCGGCAAAUUGAUCUGGGUAAUUUUUUCACGGAUCAGUUCGUGUCAAAUAAGGCGAAUCCAGAUUACAAUGAUCACAACGAGCACGUCACCACAACAAGAAACAGUCAAGAACGACAAAAUAGGGCGCAUGCAGCCGAACACGAUUCAAAGGUUUCUGGGAUCAUGUUUGGGAAAAAAACAAAUAUAAAAAAAGGAAACAAGACCGUGUCUUCGGGAGGAACGACCCAAAAUGGACCGCAGUCCUUUUCAGGUGUGAAAACCGCACGCGACACAAGAUCAAGCGGUAUUAAGCAGCAAUCUGAUAAAUCAAAUGGGGCAGUUUACCAUUUAACUUCAUCCAAGUUGGCAUUGAGGGAGACGUUGCUAACGCCUUCAGUCAACGGCAAAGAAGGGAGUAAGAAAAAAACUAUUAAACCAUCAGAGGUGAAACUCGAGCCUUAUUUGUUACCUCGUGUCGAUCAUUCUCCACGAGCACCUUUGCGCAUAUCAGUAAUACCCAGCCGUGAGGGGCACGCAAGACGAAUUUCACCGCGCUUUUCAUUUGAAAAAGUAAAUGAAGAGUCUUCUACUAGGGCUAUAAGAACAGGCAUGGAUCAUAGUCCGAGAAAACCUAAAUAUCUUGGUACAAAGGUUUCAAGUGGAGCUAAGGACAGAUCAAAAAGUCCUGGGAAAUUUUCACCCCCGAAUGUAUCAACCGCGCGUAAGAAAAUCGACAAACCAGGAGGACAUUGUUUGGAGGAUGGGAUGGACGAUAUGGUGCUACCAAAAGUAACAAUCAACGAGGUUUUGCAAUCUUGGAACAUAAAUCCACAGAAAACAAGAUCUGUCAGUCAUCUGGUCGGAAAAGAUCCAAUGGAAUUUCUAUUAAAGGACCGAUCACUUUCGGAUCCAAAGAAUCCGCCGAUUUCUUACGAAGAACUCCGAGGUUGUCGAUAUUUGCGGACUGAUAAGGACGAUCAAGCCCUUCAUGGCAAGCUAUGUUCUUGUAAUUCGUGUGAACACGGGGAAGGGCUAAAAAAAUCGCCAUAUUUGAACUCAUAGAAGGUAUCAUAGUGCAACGGUUAUAUAUCUACUCAACUAUGACAGGAUCAUGAACACCAGCACAAUUUAUUAAUGCAUUAUAAAAGUUCUGACCGUCAAUGAUAUCCGUUGAAGUGGCUCCUAUGUUCAGUAUGUAAGAGCAAUAUCGAUCAUAAAGCUGAGGCCGUUGCGAAGUCCCUUAUAAAUAUUUACCGAAUACACGUGAGGCAUAUAUUGCAUCAAACACUCGAAUAUAAUUAACUUACACUUAAACAAAAUAACGAGAUCAAAUGUCUGAAGUCAAUUUCACUUCCCUAAAGCCUUCAAUUUUGCUGAAUCAUUAAAUAGCAUAACGGCGAUGGUCAUGUUAUGUUAUCAUAUUGGACUGUCGAAUAUAGAUACUUGCUAAGACGAGUCGCAAAAUAUGUAUGAACUGCGAGUCUGAUAUAAUCGCUAAUUGCCAGUUUACCCUUACGUACGAUCUGUUAUGAAAACAUGACCGACAAUUUUAGCAAUGUUUUCAUAAAUGUCAUAGAAAGUAAAUAUUUAAGUGAGGAGGAAAUUAAAAACAUUCCAUAAAUUGUGAUUAUUUUUACAGUGAACAGAUUUUCCUUAUUGUCAGCAGGUCAAAAAGUCUCGCAUGAUCUGUCAUUCCUUAAAAUUAAUUAGCUAAUUGCUGCGGUGAUGUAUAUAAAUUUUCCGCCAAUAACAAACACGUAUUUUGAAUCCUAGGGUUACAGUGUAAGCAGUGUUUGAAAAUUUAUUUUUAAUUAGUAUAUAUUGUAAUCUUAUAAAAUACAGUAUGUGAAACACUCAA